AUGUUAAGGAUUAUCACAAGAGCAAGACCACUUCUUACGAGAUCAUAUGCUGGAGCCGCUGCCGCUGCAGUGUUAAAGAAACAUAAUGUAUCGUUAAAUACUCAUACAGAUACACAAACUGCUGCUAUCGAGCAAACUAAUAUAAGGUCUAAUUCCUCAGAACCAGUUAUCGACCUUGCAGCUUCGCCCGUGUUGAAACAUGCUUAUAUGGAAGAUAAGAGUCAUGGGACAAGACCCAUUUAUUUGGAUAUGCAAGCCACCACACCUACUGAUCCAAGAGUUUUAGAUGUUAUGCUGAAGUUUUAUACAGGUCUGUAUGGGAAUCCUCAUUCAAAUACUCAUGCUUACGGUUGGGAAACAAAUAAUGAAAUAGAAACUGCAAGACAACAUGUGGCAAAUUUAAUUAGUGCAGACAAAAAGGAAAUCAUUUUCACUUCAGGUGCUACAGAAUCGAAUAAUACUGCUGUGAAAGGUGUUGCUAGAUUCUAUAAAAAGACUAAAAACCAUAUCAUUACUACCAGAACAGAACAUAAAUGUGUCAUUGAAGCCGCAAGAGCUUUAAUUAAUGAAGGAUUUGAAGUGACAUUCUUGGAAGUAGAUGCCAAUGGGUUGAUCGAUUUACAAGAUUUACAAAAUAAAAUUACCCCCAAGACUUGUUUAGUAAGUGUAAUGGCCGUCAAUAACGAAAUAGGGGUCAUGCAACCUUUAGAAGAAAUCGGUAAGAUUUGCCGCAAGAAUAAAGUGUUUUUCCAUACAGAUGCAGCUCAGGGGUUAGGUAAGAUACCUAUUGAUGUCAAUAAGAUGAAUAUCGACUUGUUAUCAAUGUCUUCCCAUAAGAUUUAUGGACCCAAGGGGAUCGGCGCACUAUACGUGAGAAGAAGACCAAGAGUUAGAUUAGAACCUUUACUUUCAGGCGGUGGUCAAGAACGUGGGAUCCGUUCAGGUACUUUGGCCCCACCUUUAGUUGCUGGGUUCGGUGAAGCAGCGAGAUUGAUGGCUCAAGAAAGAGAAUAUGAUAAUUUAUACAUCAAGAAAUUAUCUGAUAAAUUGAUGAAUGGGUUAUUAUCCAUUGCCAAUACUUCUUUAAAUGGAUCCAAAGAACAUAGAUACCCUGGUUGUGUCAAUGUUUCCUUCUCCUACGUGGAAGGUGAAUCCUUAUUAAUGGCUCUAAGAGAUAUCGCUUUAUCUUCAGGUUCUGCUUGUACUUCAGCUUCAUUAGAACCUUCAUAUGUCUUGCAUGCUUUGGGUAAAGAUGACGCUCUGGCACAUUCUUCUAUAAGAUUCGGGAUCGGCAGAUUCACCUCGGAGGAGGAGGUCGAUUACGUCAUUAACGCUGUCAAGGAAAGGGUCCAAUACUUGAGGGAAUUAUCUCCUCUAUGGGAAAUGGUCCAAGAAGGUAUCGAUUUGAACUCUAUUGAAUGGUCAGGCCAUUGA